UCUCUCUCUCUAUCUCACACACACACACACACACACACACAACCUUUCGACCCAUAUUUUUCAAUUAAUAUACCUGAACAGUUGAGCACACGGUUCUUUUAAGCUAGUAUAUAUUUAAGUUCGUGGGUACUGGAGCAUUAGUUUUAUAAAAGCAAAGCGCUAGAGAACUAUUUCAAACAAGAACUUGAACACCAUGGGUAGAGCACCUUGUUGUGACAAAAACGGCCUCAAGAAAGGUCCGUGGACGCCGGAGGAGGAUCAGAAGCUCAUGGAUUAUAUCCAGAAACAUGGUUAUGGCAACUGGAGAACCCUCCCAAAGAAUGCAGGGCUACAAAGAUGUGGGAAGAGCUGCCGUCUCCGGUGGACAAACUAUCUCCGACCAGACAUCAAACGAGGACGGUUUUCAUUUGAAGAGGAGGAGACAAUUAUUCAACUCCACAUCAUAUUGGGCAACAAAUGGUCUGCUAUUGCUGCUCGUUUGCCUGGAAGAACCGACAACGAAAUCAAGAACUACUGGAACACCCACAUUAGGAAGAGACUUCUCCGAAUGGGAAUAGAUCCUGUCACCCACAGUCCCCGUCUUGAUCUUCUCGACUUCUCAUCCAUUCUCUACAACUCAUCUCAUCACCACCACCAAAUGAACAACUUUUCAAGGUUGCUUGGCCAACCAAUUGGACUCAACCCAGAGCUACUAAGGCUAGCCACUUUAAUCCAAUCCCAUAGAGAAAGCAACAGUAACCAAAAUUUCGGUCUUCAAAAUGCUCAAGAAAAUGAUUACCACCAAAUUUGCAACCCCCAAAUCCAAGUUUCAAGCCAAGUCCAAUCUAACCAACUUCAACAACCAAUUCAACACAAUGUUCCGUACCCAAAUGAAGCUGCACAAAUCAUGCAGCUGCAGCCCAAUGUAGAGUACCCAUCAAGCCUAAGUGAUUUUAGGUCACAAAUUUCUCAACUCAAUGAGUGGCAAAGUAAUGCGGGGACUUCAAAUUUUACCGAAGAAUAUGUUGACUUACCAAGCUUUGCUUACUUUGGGUCUGAACAGAACCAAACUGUCUUGGAUCUUUCGCCAGAGACUUCAAAUAUUCACUCCAACAACAGCAACCAGAACUUCAGUUUCACUUCGGUUUUCUCGACGCCUUCUUCAAGCCCGACGCCUAUGAAUUCGAAUUCGACAACAUAUUUCAACAGCGGCACAGAGGACGAACGUGAAAGCUACUGUAGCAACAUGUUAAAGUUUGACAUCCCAAGCAUCUUGGAUGUUAAUGAAUUCAUGUGAUAUAAUGUACUAUUACUGUUGUUGUCAGUUCAAACUGAUCAUCCUAUAUAAUUAGGAUUAAUUUCCAAUUUUCUGAGCAUUGGGAUAUGAUCAAGUUGUUGAUACGUGUCGAAUUUGCUAAUAAUUAAUCAGUGCUUUAGUUUUGGUA